AUGGCAGACCACGACGCCCAGAUCGUGGAGUUUGCAGGCCUGAGCGGCGCAAGCCCUGAAGAGGCCAGACAGUAUCUCGAAGCCCACAACUGGGACCUCGCCGAGGCCAGCAAUGCUUGGUUCCGUGAUGCCGAAGAUGACAACCGCGACACAUCCACAGCUCCUGCUGCCGCUCCUGACAAUUACACGGGCCCUCGAACCCUCGACGGUCGACCAGCUCCAGAGGCUGCCCGCAGCACCCAACCAGCUCGCAAACCUGCCGCAUCACAACAGAGGAAGAGGGGGAUUGCUACUCUAGGAUCUCUCGGUAGCUCAUCCCAUCAACACGACCACGGUGAUGACGACGAUGAUGAUUUCGACGGCGAAGACGAUGAUGGACGAGGAAACCUGUUUGCUGGUGGUGAGAAGUCUGGUUUGGCUGUUCAGGAUCCGCACCAGGAGGGCGGUCCCAAGAAGAUCAUCAGCGAUAUUCUCGCCAAGGCUCGAGCCAACGCUCAACGUCCCGAGGCCGAGAACGAGGCUGGCCCUUCCGAGCCUAGUCGCUUCCGAGGAACUGGACAGACACUCGGGGGAGACGGUGUCGAGAGCCGCAGCAUUCCUGAUCCUCUCGGCCCAGCUCGCUCUUCAAACGCUGAACCUCAAGAACGAGUCCUUCACAUCUGGCAAGAUGGCUUCAGCAUCGACGACGGUGACCUUCGCCGAUUUGACGAUCCCGCAAACCAGGCCGACCUCGCCCUGAUCCGAGCUGGUCGCGCACCUCUUCACCUCAUGAAUGUACAGCAUGACCAGCCCAUCGAUGUCAAGCUUCACCAGCACGACACACCAUACCAGCCUCAGCCCAAGAAGUACAGACCUUUCGGUGGCUCUGGCCAGCGACUUGGAGCUGUUGUCCCUGGUGUCGAGGGUUCAAGCUCUUCUCCUGCCCCCGCUGCUUCUUCCGCUGCUCCCUCGUCCUCCAAUGCUCCCACCGUCGAUGAUGCUCAGCCCACAAUCAUGAUCCGAAUCCAGAUACCCGAUGGCACACGCCUACCCGCUCGUUUCAACACCACCCACACUAUCGACGAUGUCUACGGUUUCGUGCAGGGAGCGUCCCCAGACACACGAUCUCGAUCAUGGGUUCUUUCCACGACAUUCCCCAACAAGGAUCACACUGACCGCAGUUUGGUUCUUGGCGAGAUGCCCGAAUUCAAGAAGGGCGGUACCGCCGUUGUCAAGUGGACUUAG